AUAUUCUACCAAGAUGGCGGAGAGCACAGAUCUGGAGCAGCUGAGGAACUCCUUUAAGAAGUUCGCGAUCCACGGAGACACCAAGGCCACAGGGAAGGAGAUGAACGGGAAGAACUGGGCUAAACUGUGUAAGGACUGCAAGAUCACCGACGCCAAGAAUGUCACCGGCACUGACGUGGAUAUCGUCUUCACGAAAGUCAAAGCGAAGACGUCCCGGGUGAUCACCUACGAGGAAUUCCAGAGAGCCCUGGAGGAGCUGGCCCCUAAGAGGUUCAAAGGUCAGAGCAAAGAGGAGGCCCUAACGUCUGUCUACAAGCUGAUAGAGGGCAAGGAGCCCACCAACGUAGGAGUCACGAAAAUGGCGAAGACAGCCGCAGUGGACAGACUGACGGACACCACCAAGUACACAGGCUCCCACAAAGAGCGCUUCGACGAGAGCGGGAAGGGGAGGGGUAAGGGCGGGCGGGAGGAACUGGUGGAGGAAACGGGAUACGUCGGCUCCUACAAGAACGCCGGAACCUACGAGGAGAAAACCAAGGCUAAGUAGACCACCGGGCCAGGCGGUGUGGUCAACAGGCCCAGUAGACCACCGGGCCAGGCGGGGUGGUCAACAGGCCCAGUAGACCACCGGGCCAGGCGGUGUGGUCCACAGGUCCAGUAGACCACCGGACCAGGCGGUGUGGUCAACAGGACCAGUAGACCACCGGGCCAGGCGGGGUGGUCAACAGGCCCAGUAGACCACCGGGCCAGGCGGGGUGGUCAACAGGCCCAGUAGACCACCGGGCCAGGCGGGGUGGUCAACAGGUCCAGUAGACCACCGGGCCAGGCGGUGUGGUCAACAGGCCCAGUAGACCACCGGGCCAGACGGGGUGGUCAACAGGCCCAGUAGACCACCGGGCCAGGCGGUGUGGUCAACAGGCCCAGUAGACCACCGGGCCAGGCGGUGUGGUCAACAGGCCCAGUAGACCACCGGGCCAGACGGUGUGGUCAACAGGCCCAGUAGACCACCGGGCCAGACGGUGUGGUCAACAGGCCCAGUAGACCACCGGGCCAGGCGGUGUGGUCAACAGGCCCAGUACACCACCGGGCCAGGCAGUGUGGUCAACAGGUCUAGUAGACCACCGGGCCAGGCGGUGUGGUCAACAGGCCCAGUAGACCACCGGGCCAGGCAGUGUGGUCAACAGGUCUAGUAGACCACCGGGCCAGGCGGUGUGGUCAACAGGCCCAGUAGACCACCGGGCCAGGCGGGGUGGUCAACAGGCCCACAACAUGAGAUGUAUCCCAAAUUACAUCCUACUCUAUAUAGUCCACUACUUUGACCAGAGCGCUAUGGGUCCUGGUCUAAAG